CAGCAAAUCAAGCAUCCUCAUCACCUACUGCAAAAACUUUUUCAAAAUUCAAACAAUCUCUUUUCCUUUAUUCUUUCUUCUUCCUCGAUCCAAUCAUAUUAUACAGCAUAAAAGCGUAGCCAUGUCAUGGUUGGCUCGUUCCAUAGCCAACACUCUCCGUCUCGACGACGACGACGAAGAUGAAGAAGAAUUCAAACACAAUUAUCAAAACGACGUCGUAAUACGUGCUGCCAACUCAUCCACUACUUCUCACGCCGUUGACGAAGAAGACUCCUCCAUCUACGAAGAAAUCGAUUUGGAAGAUCGAUCCAAUAAUUAUAAUAACGAUCACAAUUCCAAUGAUGAUAAUGAUAAUCAUAACCACGGCGUUAAGGAAGAUUUAUCUGAAUUCACAGAAACCCUAACGCGCCAACUAUGGGGCGUCGCUUCAUUUCUCGCUCCUCCACCACUUCCGCCUUUACCGCCUCGAAAUUCGGAUUUAUUCGAUUCGAAUGGGAACCGGAUUGAAGAAUCUGGAUCAAUUGUUGGAUCCGAGGACGAAGAGGCGGAAUAUGUUGGAGAAGGAGCUGGUUUUUUUGAGAAUUCGGAUGAUGAAGUGGAGGAAAGCGAAGGUGAUGCUGUAGGUGUGACGGAGGAAGUUUUAGCCUUUGCUACGAAUAUAGCUCAUCAUCCAGAGACUUGGUUGGAUUUUCCGUUAGCGGAUGAAGAGGAAUUUGAUGAUUUUGAGCUCUCUGAUGCCCAACUGAAGCAUGGAUAUGCAGUUGAACAUCUGACGCCGAGGCUGGCUGCGCUCAGAAUUGAACUUUGCCCUGCUCAUAUGAGUGAGGGUUACUUUUGGAUGGUCUAUUUUAUUCUUCUUUACUCAAGACUGAACAAGCAUGACACUGAGCUUUUGUCUACACCUCAGCUUGUGGAAGCGAGGGCUAUGUGGAUGCAAGAGCUGCAAAAGAAAACAAAGCCAGAGUCAGAUUGGUUUGGGAUAGAUACAUUUCACGCAAAGGAGAGCACGUAUUCACCUCGUGGCGACUUCGAAUCAAACUCAUCUGAAGAUGCUCACUCUAGAUAUGCUAUGCUCCAUAGAACAUUCACUUUUGAACCCCCAACCUGCAAUACUAGUUCUGACACUGAAACUGAGAAGCACUCAAUUGAAAAUACAGAGAUCCAGUUUAUUGACAAGGCAGUUAUUGAAGAGGAUCCUCCAAGCAAAAUAAUUGAAAAGGAGGUGUUAGCUGGUCCAUCCUUUAAACCACCAAUGUUUGAUUAUGACGAGCAUGAGGAUGACUGGCUGAAAGACAACUCUGACUUAGAGGGUUAUUCGGGCAGUGCUAUUGUGAAUGAGGAGGAUGUUUCGUUUAGUGAUCUCGAAGAUGAUACUGAUUACACAAUGCCCAUAAAACGCAAAUCAGUGUCAAUAGAUUAUAACACAGCACUUAAUACCUCGUGAGUUUAUCUUCAGCUACCUGGAGAUUCUUAUUUAUCUUAGGUGAACCCACCUGCAUGCCGACCUCUGAGUAAUCUGGACUCCUUGCAAAAAAUGCUAACUCUCAAUGUCUCCAUGGUUCAGGCUUGUUAGGCUGCAUCUUAACCUGUUCUGGCUUGCAGAAGUCAGCACUUCAUGAAUUGUGUAUCAGUAGUCCAAUCUCCGCUUCUCAUGGUUGUUGUGGGUCUCACUUUUUGAGGUUGGUCAUCCCAGAUUCUCAUUGUCUGAACCUCACAGAAAAUCGAUAGCAAGUUGCUUCCUUACCUGCACAGUAUAGUGUAAGGCAAUAAGCAGCAUACAUUUUAUCCAUCUCCAUUCUUUUUUUUGUUUUGAGGUCAUAGUUUAAUCGUGACCUAGGGAGGGCAUGGUUGCUAUCUCAAAACUGUGUGUAUUGUACAUAUACAUGAAUGUCUCAUACAGCUUUGACAUUGCCCAGUAACAUGGCAAUAGAUAUAGUGGGUGUCAUAUAAUGAAGCGUGACAUCUCUCCCCUGUGAAAUGAAUACUUUUUGCAUACUGAAACAUUUCCCUGUUUGGCUUGUUCA